AUGGAGGGUGGGCUGGGGGUCGCCUGGGCAGCAGGGCGGCAGCGCGGGGGCAGAAGGGGCCUUUGGCCCAUGCCUGGCACCGGGGAGCCUGAAGGGGCCGGGAAAGCCGAGGGAGAAGGAGAUGCUGUGCGGCACGGGGAGGGCUUCAGAGCCCGGCUUUGGGCAGCGCCGCUCUGCAAACGGCUGGGCAGCAGCAGGAAAUUCUGCCGGCGGUUCCCUGGGAAGCCCCUGCGGAAGCCCUGGCCGCGCUGCUUGUGCCUCCUGCCAUCGAACACCUUUCUCUUCCAGGUGCUGUCAGCAGGACCUGCGCCCGAGUUCCCAGCUCUGGGGAACUCUCGGGUUCAGAUGGAGAAGAGGCAGGAGCUGGAGGUGAGAUCCACUCAGCUGUCGGCCCAGAAGGGCCUCAUUCUCCAAGCCCUGUUUGACGUCCUGCACGAGAACGGGAUCCACGGAUUCACCAGCGAGGAAAUCCUGCAGUCGACCCAGGAGGCCAUGGAGAAAAUGGUGGAGAACGGCGCCUGGCUGCCCAACUGGGCUCUGCAAAACCUGGGUGCCACCAUCGAUGCUGAGCGGACGUCCCAGAGUUACGGCGGGGCAGGCAGGCAGCACGGCUGGCUUUCCUCACUCUUCUCCAGCGCCAAGCCUCCUGAGACGCUGCUGCAGGCCGAUAUUUCUCCUGGCAACUGCUGGGCUUUCCGAGGAUCCGAGGGCAACGUGGUCAUCCGGCUGCCGCAGAAAAUCCGGCCCUCGGCUGUCACCGUGUGGCACAUCUCCACGGCGGUCUCUCCCUCCGGGGAAGUCAGCAGCGCCCCCAGAGAGUUUAUUGUCUCGGGAAUGGACGAGGACGAACCACCAACCGCCCUGGGGUCUUUCGUUUACGACAUCAAAGGAGAGAUCGCCCAGACCUUCCACGUGCAGGUGGAGCCCCACAAAGCCUUCCGCCGCAUCAUGUUUCAUGUGCAGAGCAACUGGGGCAACGUGGAAUACACCUGCAUCUACAGAGUGGAAAUUCACGGCCACUUGUGAAACAUCUGUGAGAAGGCGGCCAUGGAAACAUCGACCACCAGGGCGGCCCCCGGUUGCCAGGCCUGCCAACACCACCCCCCGUCCCCCCCCACCAUCCGUCAGGGGACGGGAGGAACCCGCCUGGCUUGGAAGCUUGUCCUCAUCGGCCUGCGCCCCAACACCGGAACCCUGGUGGAUGAGCGACAGCAUCGACAUCAACAUGGACAUCAGCACCACCCCCCGACCCCACCGCCAUCCUUCGGGGGUCGGGAGCGGUCCCUCAGGGCGUCAGCCUGGGGGCAGCCACCGCCUGGGGGAAGCUGGAGAGCCUGGCAGCCCCCAGCCCCACCUCUGCCUUCGCUCUGCCCUCCAGCAUCCAUCGGAGGGUGGAAGAGAGCCCAGCAGAGCGCAGCCUUGGGGGCAACCGAGACGGACCACCGCUGCCUGGGGGAAGCCGGCUGAGCCAGCAGCCCCCCGAGCAUCAGCACCACCCUCCCACUCCCCUCCACCAUCCUUCGGGAGAUGGGAGCAACACCCCCAGGCUGUCAGUUUGGGGGCAUCAUCCAGCAGCCAGUUUGGGGGCACCAUCCAUCAUACAGCCUGGAGGAAGCACACCAAGACCCCCAGACCCCCCCAAGCACCACCUCUGCCCUCCCUCUCCUCUCCAUCAUCCUUCAGGAGUUGGGAGCAUCACCCCCAGGUUAUCAGUUUGGGGGCACCAUCCAGCAGCCAGUCUGGGGGCAUCAUCCAUCGCACAGCCUGGAGGAAGCAUACCAAGCCCCGCAGCCCCCAGCCCCCCCCAAAGCACCACCUCAGCCCUCCCGCUCCUCUCCACCAUCAGUCAGGAGGUGGGAGCGCCCCCGGCGUGCGGAUUUGGGGGCAUCGCCUGACAGCCAGAGAACCACCGCUGCCAUCCAUGGGGCUUUCCGUGCUGCGCUGUGCCAAUAAAUACAAAUUACCAUCACAAUGA